CAAGCCGAUGAAGAGCGCAAUCGACACAAAAAGCAAAAUGGAAGAAGARCCACUAAUCGAGCUCACGGGAGUACAAAUUCAYGAGUCCGAUCGUAAAAMUCUAUCACAGGAUGAUAGUGCAUUCCUAUGUCUAUUCUCUAAACGUGAUAUCCAGACUACAUUUGGCAAUGUACACGUAUCUGUGCAAGGUAAAGAAGGCAAGSCAGCAAUCGUCACKAUGCAUGAUGUCGGACAAAACCACACUUCAGCAUAUUUGAGUUUCUUUAACUUCGUGGAGGUCCAGCCAUUGUUGGAGCAUUUUUGCAUUUAUCACAUAGAUGCACCAGGACAAGAAGACAUCAAGUCUGAGUUACCUGAGAAUUAUAUCUACCCAACAAUGGACGAGAUGGCAAAUCUUGUUGUCAGUGAAGUUGUUGAGCAAUUGUCAAUCAAAUCGUUCAUUGGUAUUGGAAUUGGUGCUGGCGCCAAUGUCUUAUGCAGAUACGGCUUACUCUACCCUARCCAAGUGGAUGCGUUGAUUCUUAUUAACUUGGUAACUUCAAAAUCAGGCUGGAUUGAAUGGGGAUACGAAAAGGUUUGUGUGCGUCAGCUACAUAGCAAAGGGCUGACCACAUUUGUGGAGGAUUUUCUUCUUUGGCAUCACUUUGGCGACAAGACAAAGAUUGAAAACAUGGAUCUUGCUUUGGCWUAUAAAGAAAGUCUUAGGACUCUGUUGAAUCCAAGAAGUCUAGGGCUAUUUCUUGAUUCGUACAUCAAACGUACAAACAUUGAUAUAGUCAGACCUGAAGGUACAACAGGAGUAAAGAAAACCUUGACGUGUCCAACUCUGCUAUUGACUGGGACAUCUGCCCCUCACAGGAAAGAAGUAGCUGAAGCUAACGGUAAAAUGGAUCCUACAAUUACUGAAUACAUGAAGAUAUCUGACUGUGGAGGAAUGCCCUUGGAAGAGCAACCACACAARGUGGCCACAGCAUUGAUUUUGUUUUUACAAGGGCAAGGUUUUGUUCAAAGAUUAAGGACAAGCUCUGCUAUGUCUCUUGKCAAAAUMCGUGCAGACUCGUCAACUGGAAGCUCAUCAUCAGGAUUGACUGCAUCUUCUACUGCAAGCCUGCCAAAGGAACCCCAAGCCUGCUAGAAWCACUAUUCAAUUUCACCAAUGCUUACUAGUGAUGUUUUCAUAUCAGAUCCAUUUACUGUUAAUGCUUUCCAUUGUGAUAACAUUUUGAAAAUAUGACCACAAAUUUGACAAUAAUUAUUAUAAUGUUGAUUAUCAAGACUAAUGAACAUGAAGAUAAUGAUGGUAGUGAUGAUCAUUAUGAUGAAGAUACAUGUACUGUAGAUUAUGGCAUUGUUAACAUGAAGUUGAGAUAUUGAAGAAAGACGUGAUUACUAGAUCCACACUAACUUGGCUUUUUUGCUUUAACAAUUAACCAUUGUCUUGCACACUUAUAAUGGUGCGCAAAUUACAUAAUAUAUUGGGGUUAUUCUUCAUCAAAUUCUUGAGUUUAUUGUUACAAUCAUGUGRAAUGUAAAUUUUAAUCAUUUUAUUUAUCAUUUUCUAAUAAUGUUUUAAUAUAUGCAUUGUUGUAAAGUAUUGAAACAAAACUAUACAUCAAAUCGUUUUGAACUACUAAGUUUUGUKUGCUUAGUGUUUGCUACAGACUACAUUUUCAGGACUACCAUACAUACAUAGCCUUUUGUAAUGUGUAUAUCGGAUUACCAAUAAUAUUUGUAACUGGAAAUAAUAUUGUUAAGGUUGUCCUUGAUCAAUUCAAUCUAUUUUCUGUAUCAAACAGUGAUUUUUCAUCAACCAAGUCACUUGACAGUGAAAUAAAUGGCAACUAUUCAUGUGUUAUUAUAGUUCGAUAGUCURAUGAAAAUCAAAUGACAAUUACUACCUAUUUUUGUGCUAUGUGAACAACUAUUGACUAUUAGCUUUAUUGUUCUUUCUCAUGGUUAAAAAAUCAAUCGAGUACAUCCGAAAUGUUCCAUUUAUAGUAUUUAAUCAAUAUCUAAAUGAUAUAUAUACAUAAUUGGAAAAGCAUGUCCAAAAGAAAUAAACAUUUUAUACUUUGAAGUUUAGUGGAAAAGGAAACCAUUGUUCUGGGCUGGCUGGCUGUUUUUAUGCUUUGUUCUAUAGUUUUACUCUGGGUUGAGCCAGCCAAUCACCAGCGACAUUCUUGGCAGCUUAAACGGUGCCCAAUGUAUUCAUUAAUGCCACAGACAAGUAAAUAGUUCACUCACAUUUGUAACACAAGCACAAAAUAAAGUUACGUCUAUUCUUCACUGA